UCUAUGGCAUUCAAUUGUUUUGUCUAAAUGUUUUUCAACGAGCAAAAUAUUAUAUCUCCAUAAAGUCAAAAUUUUUCCAGCUAAUCUGUUUUUAUUGCACAUAAAACCAUUCUAACGAGUAAUGAACACGUAUUGGAUUUGUUCCGAAUUUAUUCGCUAGGAUCAUUGUCAUCACUUUCACUUUUCACGCGUUUUAGUGGUUCUAGUGUGUAUACGCUGCAACAAUCCGCAGUCGCCAUGGAUGACACCAUGUCGACUGUAACGAAAAUGACCCGCACGGUUAAGAAACUGGAGGUGCCCAGACCAUUGAAAUCGACAACCAGUUCUGCUCAUAACCGCAACUCGGUAUUAGAUGUCAAAAUAAACUCUGUGGAUGAUCUAAUAGUGUUGACGGAAGCAGUGGCAUAUGAAAUGAUGCAAGGCAACUAUGACCGUGCGCUUCAAAGUAAUGUCUCUACCAUGUAUUCUAACUUAAAGCUUUAUGGGGCUCAGCUCGAAGCACUCUACAAAGAUUUCCUUGAUAGAUAUUUUGUUGUGUUCCGCAAUGGUUCGCAGGACGAACGCUUGGACAAGAAAACAAGGCUACAUCUUCUUGAGUUAAUUGAGCUGCGUGCUAAGCAUUGGCAGACUUCAGACUAUAUGAGUCAGUAUUACAGGCACCGGGGCACACAUGCAGAGCCACUACUGGUGCCGACGAUGGAAGGCGCGGGCGGGUCCGUGUCCCCGACGCUGGCUACGCCGCCCGAGCCGCCCGCGCUGCUGCAGCCGGGGGAGGUCAUCAAGCCCUCUGGCAAGUUCCCCAAACCCACCAAAAUCCCCGGCAAGAACUACUCUAAGGACGAGGUUGUUAUUCGAAACGCUGAUUCUGGAAAAGUGAUGGGUAUCAAGGGCAGGAGGGUGCACAUGAUCGAGGAGCUAAGUGACACGAUCAUAUCGUUUCAGCGAGUGAGCCCUGGUGCUAAGGAGCGCCUCGUCCAAAUCACUGGACCCAAUGAGGAAAAUGUGAACCACGCGAAGCACCUGAUCGGCGACACGAUCCGGCGCAACGCGUCGCCGGUGCGGCUGGAGGGCGCGCUGGAGCCCGGCGCCGCCGCCGACGACAACGGCGACGACGCCGACGACGAGCCGCGCGCCAGGGAGAAAUCGCCACACACUAAUCGAGCUUUACUUCAUAGUUUUUCAACGAACGACGCAGCGUUAGGAGAAUAUAAAUACACUGUGACUUUUGGUCAACAUUCCAUCAAAAUCACGGGGCAGAAUCUGGAUCUCGUCAAGACCGCGAAGCUGGUGCUGGACGAGUACUUCGAGAGCGCGGGCGCGCUGGAGGCGUGGGGCGCGGGCUCGGGCGACUUCUUCACGCUGUCGCAGCGCCCGCAGGCCGCGCUGCUGCUGCGCACCGACCCCGAGCUCAACGGCGACCACGACGACGACGUGUUCGCGCCCGCCUCCGCGUCGGCGCAGGACGAGCCCGCGGCCGACGACGCGGUGCCGCGCCGGCCGCGCUUCUCGCGCGCCGCCUCCACCGACAAGAACCAAGGGCCGGGCGGCGCCGGCGCCGGCGUGCGGCAGACGUACACGUACGAGACGCUGGUGCAGUACGCGGACUCGCCGCUCAGCAAGCUGCCGCCGGCCGGGCUGGCCGCCUUCCCGCCGGAGCUGGCGCGCAAGAGCUGCCUGGAGUUCGACAGCGCCAGCUACCUGAAGAAGGUGCGCGCCGCAGCCGGGACCACCGUGGCCGCCGUGGACGCGCCCGACUCUCCUGAGCCGGAGUAACCAGACUUGACCUACAUCGGUGUCUAGCAGCUCGCCCAUGCCUCACGACACAUCGCCAUUUUCUUAUUCACAUUAUUGACUAAUCUAUACAUACUCAAUCUGUGUGGCUCGGGGUUUGCAAGUUGCAAUCUUGAAUCCUACUUGUAGCAAAUCAGUAGGUACUCAAGUCAGAUACUUACUUAUUUAGUUUAUUUGCGGCCUGAGACCCCAUAUCUGAUACCUUAUGAAAAAAAGGUUGAGUAUGUCCACACUAUAACCCGUUUUUUAAGAUUAGAAUUAAUUAGAUUUUUUAACCUAAAAAGUAGUGGUACUAUUUACUUCAUCUACCGAAAUGCUAGGGUUCCUAUGAUAUGAUAUUACGGUACAAUAUAAUAUGUAAACGACACUAUACUUCAGUGCAUAGUUACUCAGAUUUAAUUUUGGAGGAAAAAGUUACCAGUACUUUUGAGGUUAUAAAAUUAUCUAAUCUGAAAAAAGAACGGAAUAGUCCUACCUACAUAAUAAAGAAUUUGGAAUGGUUUAUAACCUAUAUCCAAGCUAAAGCCAACAGCGGGAUGUACAGUGAUUUACCUUUAGAAAAAAAUCUACACAAAGCAUCAGUUAGUACAGUCGCCAUAAUGUAAUAUUAGAACGGCCAGGGUGUUCAAAAAUAUCUGAACAAAACCUCUAUUGUCAAGACAUUGAAGUGCCUGCUAAGAUAUUUUUGGACACCUUGGCCGCUCCGAUAUAUCUGAUGGCGAAUAUGCAUAAUAAACUUGCAAUGGGCAGCUGUGGGGCACCAACAAGAGACAUUAGGUAUAGGAUGAGUGAGAGAAGUGUAUCAAGUGUAAACUGUAAACAAACAUGUUAACCCGUUUAGAAUUACUGACUGCCACUUCCACUAGGUGCGCCAGCACUAGUCUUCCUUUUUUAUGCACUUUAGGUGUACACUUACUAAAAGCAUUGACACGCCAAAUUAGAGGGUAUAGGUAUUUAUUUUUCCUUAACUAGUAUUUACCUCAUAUCAUUAAACUUGUUGUAAGAUUGCUUUGAACUAGGUUUUGGACACUCAGGCCAGAAUGCUGUUCAUAGCCAUAGUUGAUCUCCUGAGAUUAUAUUUUUCAUAAAAAUGAGCGCAAUCGGAAGAGUCGCCUCGCUCAUUUUUAUUUAAUCGUUCAUUCAGAGAAGGAAAUGUCAAAGGUUGCUAAUCUCUACACCAAAGAUUCAUUGAUUGUACAAGAUGUGUAUAGUACUCAGAUCUGCAAUGUAGGUAAGCGUAAGGCCGCGGACUAGACGCACGUGACUGGCGGCGCGUCGAGCGGAAAAUCACGGUCAUUCAUACAUUGCGUUCGACCAAAUGUGCAUCCAGUCCGCGCCCUUAUGCCAGUAGCAUUCCAGUACCCCUAGUGUAACUUUGAUCGACAUCAUAACGUGACGAACGCGUUUGCGUUAAGUCUCAUUUUGUAUAGGAUUUUGAGGUUCCAAAACGUCCCGCUUGGCGCGCUCUUUCGAAAUCCAAUACAAAAUGAGACUAAACGCAAACGCGUACGUCACGUUUGGAAAUCGAAUUUAUUUACACUAGGGGUACUGUUCAGUGAUCGAAACCAGUGCUGGGCUGGAUCAUCUCGUUUACAUUCAUUCCAGUCAUUUAAGACUUGUUGAAGCGGUAACAUAAAUUAGGCGAGCUGGAAUCAAAAAGUAGACCAAAAAAGAAUCGAAAAGUAUAGCCAGUCACGACUACUGGAAUUUUCACUGGAAUGAGUAUAUUCCAGUCCUGGUAUAGAUGUGAACCGGGCAUUAGCGUCAUUGCCGAUAUAUAUAUCGAGUGUAGAAACUGUCCGUCCAUAGAUAUAUGGAACAUUUUACCCUUCAAAUUCGAAGCACGAAUUUGUCAUAGACCGUACAAGUCCAAUAUGAUCAAUAAUCUGCCGUGCCUAAUAGACAGGUUGUGUGUUGUAUAUGCUAUUGACCUCGAUCGCGAUCAAUUGAAAACUAUUCAGCAGGCAAUAAUUUGUGGUGAUUAGCAAUCAUCUAUUUACUCGUCUCUGGUCCAUUGUAUCAUUUAUUCUAUUCUGAAUGAGAAUGUUUCACUUACUCAAAAUCAGUGUUGGCCGAAACGUUAAUGCAAUUAAUAAUAAUUAACCACCCGUUUCGGUUUACGGUUCAAUUUAUAAUGGUUAAUUGCAAUUAACGUUCGGCCAACAUUGCUCAAAAUACUCAAAAUUUACCACUCCUAAUAGACGGUUAUUUCGUAUAAAUUACAUUGAUGCCAUUAGAGCAACAAGUAAAUGCACGGCGUAAGAUACUUUGUUGGUACUUAUCUUUCGUCUUGUCUUCUGCAGAGUUGCUGACUGUGCUGAAACGUUUACGAUAGUCGUACAGUGAGCUGCAAAAUUGCAUGGAAAGAUUAUUAACCUUUUGAACGUCAGGAACACUAAAGGCAUCGUAACUAGUCGUGCCCACAACGCCAGGGACAACUAUAGGUGUAUAGCUGACGCUGUCAAAGUAACCUUCACAGUUUCAAGUAAGGUUUACAUUAGCUUGCUUGCGUCCGGGAUUUUGGCGCGUCAGUUACCUUUUUGUUUAUGAUGUCAAGCGUUAAAAAGAUUAAUGAAAUCAUUCAUUAAGCGUCCAUGCAAUUUUGAGGCUCACAUUAUCAGCAAACUCUUUUGCUUUUAAAUACUUAAUUAUGUUCAUCGUAGAGAAUGGUUAUUGAUUACGACGCAAAUAGCACAUUUCAGGCUAGUUUACACUGUAUCUUUUGUACGAGUUCAUUUUAUUUACUUUUGUAUAUAUUGACUGAAACGGGCCUAGAGUCCGGGUGUCAGAGUGAUUCCAUUUACUAUAAGACGAAUGCAUGCAUUUCUUUUGAGUGUCUGUGUGAUCAUUUUCAGACUUUGUAAUUAGUGUCUAGUCUCGACGAGUAGUUUUAUCGAUUCUCACUAUUUCGUAAGUGCUAUAUCUUGAAGAAAGCCUGGCAAUUCAUUAUUAUAAAUAUAUAUUAAAUGGCUGUCGGAGUUGGUAGAAAAAUAACGGUAUUAAAAUAUAUUUUAGAUUUAGAUUUAUUUUUAACCACUAGAACUAUUGCAAUUGCUGUGCACUAAACCAAAUAAUCGUUGAUUUCGUAAAUCUAUUUAAACUAAUGUUUUAUUUCUUAUCGGAGUCUAUUUAUUGUUAUCGCAAUUGGCAGGCUUUCUUUAUACCAGUUUUUAUUUUAAUUGUCUAUUAAGUCUAAAACAAAAGAAAUAUUAUGUAUUAGGAAGACUGUUCAUUUCAAUAUAUUCGGCUAAAAGCUCGAUCAAACAUGGGUUAUACGAGGUUUUUUGUUAAUUUUUAUUUACACGUUAAUGAUAUCCCUUGGGAGUCCUCAAAUGCAACUGCACAGGUGUAUUACUGUAGAUUAAUAAAUAAAAUAGGCCCUUUAUAUUGGGUGACAAUAUACUCGGUGCUUGGAACAAGAAUUGUCAUUCAAGGGGUACUUACCUAUUUACAUAUUUUAUUCACCUCAUGUAAAAAAUAUUUACACUGUUUUUUAUGAAACAAGGCAAAGCGUUAUAUUAUGUAAAAUAUUACUAAAUUUUCUAAUAAA